AUGCCCGACGAAGUUGCUAGUCCCGCCUAUUCGAGAUUAGAGAGCAGAGCAGAGCAACCAGACCAGACCAGACCAGACGAUAUUUUGCCCGUCGAUUACCUUGUACCUGUAAGCACCUCUUGGAAGCUCGUUAUCAUCCUCGUGCUCUCCCCGUCGACAAGCACCCUGCGAACCCCCACUCGCAAGACGCGAUCUGAAUCCUCAACUCCAGAAAAAAUUCCUGGACCGCGUUUUGCGACGUCCCGCUCGCUUGCAUGGUGUUUGACAUUCGAGUCAUGGGAUCGGAAGCCCUGUCAGCGCCCAACGAACUGCCUCGGACUGCCUGACGAAUCUGCCAUUGUUGAGCUUCGUUUUGGCGGGACUCGGCACUGCUCAACGGUCAACCAGCUCUUCUCUGUUGCUGACGAGGUGCAAGUGCACCGUCGUCGCAAGAGAAUGAAUCCCGACCAGCCGCCGGAUUCAUCGUCAAUGUCUCUCACGACCUCGCCAACCCACGAUGUCGCCAAGCUGAUGGGCCGCCGGAGCCUGAGCAACAUCCCCAAGGACCAGAGGUCUCUGCUGGAGCUGGAAAACCCGUGGGCUGUUGACCAAAGAGAUGGGCCGCACGGAUUGGCAACUGUCCCGAGCCAGGUUUUAAAAACGCUGAAAGAAGCCUUUAUCCGCCUCCAGGAAGACAAUGACAAGGAGAACCCUAAAGACAAGGAAAACCCUGACCCUCCUCCCACCACCAAUGACCGUGACGGGCAGAAUGGAUAUUCUCCCAGCUCGACACCAGAGACAUCGGACAGUGAACCUCCGUCUUCGCCGGGAGUUCCGAUACCAUGGUCGCAGUCUCAGGUGGAAUUUAGAGCAGAGCAGGACGAUGAGAUGUCCGAUGCCGGUUCUCCCAUUGACGAGACACCCUCAAGUCCGGCACCUGCACCACUGACCCAGCCGCCGCUCUUCCAUGGUACACCGAGUCCUAGCCCUUCUUCAAGUGCCAGCGAGCCCGAGGAUCUCGAGAUGGAGCUCCCACAAGCUCAAGAAACCCACGAAGUCCCAAUUAACCGCGAGGCCCCAGUUAACCCCGUAGCUACACGGAUGCAUCUGACAGCGGCAUCUCAGGAGCCCGCAAGCUUGUUCACAAGCAUGGUCACCACUACGGAUACGCCUCCGUGCGCGCAGCCGCGGGUUGCUUCUACUGCUUGUACUUCGUCUGAAGAUCCAAAGUCGUCGGUGUUGCCAGUUGAUCCAGCCCACGGUCGGUCGCGACGGAUGAAGCCGAUUGAAUUUAGUGAGGAUAGCCCCAAAGUCACUGUGCGUUCGACGAACCCGGGUCCUCCCGCGCGCAUGCCUUCCACGCGAGGAUUUCCUGAGGAAAAUGUCCCGAUUUCGGCUUCUCUAAGCUCGAGUAACUCAACCCCUUACCAUAGCGGUAGACCGCAAAAAUCGCCAUCUCCGCCGCCUCCUACUCCGCCGCCGCACAACUUCGCCGCCAAACAUACCACCCCUCAGAAUAGGACGAAUAGGCAACUUGAUGGUGUCAACGGUCGCGAUACCUCCUCUCACCGGCAGGACCCCGUGUACCAGCUGCAUCGGGUACAGGCGGCAGGGAUGAAUUCGUUCAUAAGUUAUCACGGGGAACCCUAUAGCGCUUUUACCGCUACGUACCCCGAGUACACCACAAUUCACUCGGGGAAUUUGUUGUCCUUCAUUCAGGCUUGCGUCUAUCUAGAGAUGUUUCAACAAGAGAGGGUAAUACGCGAGUAUUUGUAUGAUGAUUUCAUCCGGGCCUGGUCAAACGGCUUCUUGACUUAUGCCCGGAACGCGGGCCCUGGCCAGGAACCACUUCCCGCUCUCCAAUGGUACAAUAUGCUAAAGGGCCCUAUCCUCUUCAACCGCAUGUGCAUAAAUUCAGGCAACAUCGGCGCUGUUCUUAACAUAUAUCCCGAGGAUGCUGCAAGGGUGAGGGCCAUACUUGAUGCCUCUAAAGCGGCAAGUGAGAGCCCAGCAUCAGAACCACAGCCAGAGCAAGAGGUAGAGAUGGAGCUGGAGGAAGAACCGGAACAAGAGCCAGAGCCUGAGCCAGAGCCUGAGCCAGAGCCAGAGCCUGAGCCUGAGCCUGAACCUGAGCCUGAACCUCAACCCCAGCCUCAGCUCGAGCCUCGACGUGAACGUAAAAGGCGUGUCGUGGAUGUGAUGGACAGCGACAAUGCAAUGGAUAUCACCGUGGCAGAAGAGAGCCGAGCCGAACCACAGCUCCCCCCGCCCACGAGAAAACCACCAUCCUUGCCAGCACCAUCACGACCGGCCCCGCCACCGCCACCGCCCCCUCGGCCUUUGUCCCCUGAGCUGGGGAGCGAUGACUUUGACUUUCCUCCCCUUCCAGUCGUACUGCAAUCGACAUCAGGAAAACAGUCACGAUCUCGGCCACGACCACACACACAUGAGCCUCAACCUCAAUCUAGACGACGGCCAGAGCCACAGCCAGAGCGACAACAGCACCCGCAACAACAACCGCAACCGCAAUUACAACCACACAGAGAGCUAACAUUACCUCAACGACAUUCCCCCAGACGUCACCAUCCCGCGCCGGUGCCCAUCCCCCCCAUCCCCAUCCCAAUCCCAAUCCCUCCUUCCACAGCUCCCGCUUCAUCAACAAACAGGCCUCCACCCAAGUCCACCAACCCCAGAUCCUCCCCCCGCCCAGCCGACCACAGAGGCCGCUCCGUGCCCAGCUCAAGUAGCCGGGCGAUCCCGAAGCUGCGUAAGCGAUCGACCGAGGAGCGGGCGCGGCUGAAGGAGCAUUUCCGGAAGAAGGCCUCGUCCUCGACGACGAGGUUUAUUAUUAGUGAAAGCGAAAACUAA